AAGAAUGGCAUUUUUCCUAACCUGUUUGCACCCCUACUUGUUGUACGCUUUCGUCGCCCUCACAGAGUUCGUGAAGCAUCAGGAAAGAUGAACCCACCAUCAUUCGCCGAUAACGCACCUGCCAGCGGUGAUUGCAUCGUUUGGACUGAAGAGAAGCCCGCGAUAACUUGGGAAUCAUCUUUGUGCCAAAACGGCGCGUCGCCGCUCGAUGAAAAAGCCAAAUCCCAGGUACUGGGGUACUAUUCUUCACUGCUGUCUCCAAUUGAAGAAGACCUACCACCAAAAUACGAUUCUCGGGACAGAAGGGGCCAACCACACAUUCUCCACUCACUUUUACACACAAUCCGCUUCAUUCUCCUGGACCACCUCGUGAUCAAAGUACUGGUCGUCUAUCUUCUGAUGGUCUACACCGCUGGCAACAGGUCUUUGCUUUCCCCUUUUGCACCAUCGAAUUGGUCGAACGACGAAGGACUCUUGAGGUCUCACAGCCGUGAUUUCCUAACCGUUGAUAUUUACGAACUGUACGAUGACACGGAUGCCUGGUCUAGGAGCAUCUUGGGCAGAGUUGGGUCUGACAGUCCUUUGUUGACAUACUCAGAGAUGGAAUUGGUGGGCCAAGUCGAAUGGGAAGUAGAACCAGAGACAAACCCAGAUGAGGAAUUUGUCAUUGAAACCGAAUCAGCCGAAGAACAAGUGACUCCACCUCCAAAGGUCCCAAAGACGUUACCAUUACCCUUCCGCAGGCCGUCGCACGUCUUCAAUGAUCUACUUCGGCUCUACGACCAGGGCAAUCAUGGGUCAACGCAAUCCAGCGAUUCUAGGUCCCCACUUCAUGACACUCAAGAAUGAUAUGCCGGUGUUUUUCUCCUUCUAACACCACAAAUGCUAGCCCAAAUUUGGCGGUGCUGGUUGUAACACGGACCUUUACUUUUCAUAAUCUCACUUUCUUGAUAGACACAACACCAAAUUUCUUGAACCCUAUUUUUCUUGUUUGUUCGUGUAAACCCCUUUUCUUUUUUUCCGCGUGUAGAACUUCUUAAUAAUGAUAAACCAAGCGAUAAUCGGAAAUACAAGCCUCCCGACCCGAUUUCACCUUUCCCUUUGUAUCAAAACCCUUCUUUUAGGAAAACUUAAUUCUUCCAAAAAAAACUUCAUCUCAAAUGCCGAA